AUGGCGCAAAAUCGCCACUGGGAGCAAGACAAAGAUGCGACCGUCUACAUUGGCAACAUUGACGAGCGCGCGCCGCCCGCCAUGAUCUACGAGAUCAUGCUUCAGAUGGGCCCCAUCCACAACAUCCACAUGCCGCGCGACCGCGUCACCCAAUCCCACCAGGGCUUCGGCUUCGUCGAGUUCCGCACGCCCACCGACGCCGAGUACGCCGCCGCCGUCAUGAACGGCGUCAAGCUCUACGGCAAGUCCCUCCGCGUCAACAAGGCGAGCGCCGACAAGCAAAAGACGGCCGACGUCGGCGCCGAGCUCUUCAUCGGCAACCUCGACCCCAUGGUCGACGAGAAGAUCCUCUACGACACCUUUAGCCGCUUCGGCCCCCUCCUCAGCCUCCCCAAGGUCGCGCGCGAGGACAGCGGCUCCAGCAAGGGCUUUGGCUUUGUCAGCUUUGGCGACUUUGAGAGCAGCGACGCCGCCGUCGCCAACCUCCACGGCCAGUACAUCCUCAGCAAGGAGGUCUCUGUCCAGUAUGCCUUCAAAAAGGACGGUCGGGGUGAGCGACACGGUGACCAGGCCGAGCGCGAGCUGGCUUCUCAGGCCAAGAGCCGCAACAUUGUGCCCGAGGCCCAGCCCAUGCCGCAAGGCUUCCUCAACCCUCCACAAGCACCCAUGGCAGCGCCGCCGCCCCCCGUACCCGUUGGAUUCGACCCCUCGGCCAUGGGUGGCGUGCCGCCUCCUGGCUUUCCCGGCGUACCACCACCACUCGGCGCACCUGCCGGUUUCGCGGCUCCUCCGCGUGGUCCUUCGCCAUAUCAAAACGUCGCUGGCGCUCCUCCGCCAGGCGCCGUCCCGGGGCGCGGCGCGGCACCAUUACCACCGGCACCGGCCGGUCUGCCUUCGAGGCCUCCCCAGGGGCAACCCGUGGGUUUCACCCAUCCGGCCGAUUUCCAUCCUGGCUACAGGCCGCAGAGUGGCUCGCCCGUCCCUCCUCCGCAGGGCUUUCCAGUCGCGCCGCCGCCCGGAUUCGCGCCGCCUCCUGGCGGUGCCCCUGGCAUGCCUGGUGCACCACCGCCAGGUUUUGCACCUCCUCCUGGCUUCCAGCCGCCACCCGGCUUUGGGGGGCGAUAA